AUGGUGUUUGUCCCGUUCACAGGCAUUGACAACCACUGUCGGAAUGUAACACUCUCAGCUGGGUUGUUGGCAUCAGAGAGUAUUGAAUCAUAUAAAUGGCUUCUAAAUUCAUUUUUAAAGUCAUUUGGUCGACAGCCUAAUGUUGUAGUGACGGAUCAAGACCCUGCUAUGAAACAGGCUAUUGAGGAGGUUGGGCAUGAGUUGUGCAAUAAUGAUGAGUUUAAAAGGAGGAUGUGCGACAUUGUUUGGACUGAUUCGAUUUUGCCCGAAGAAUUCGAGAGGCAGUGGAAGUCGGUGAUGAUUGAGUUUGGUCUCACUGAAAACAAAUGGAUUGAUGAUAUGUUUGGGAUGAGAUCCAUGUGGAUUCCGGCUUUUUACCGGCAUGAGCCAAUGUCAGGUCUUAUGAGAACAACUUCAAGAUCAGAGAGUGAGAACCAUUUUUUUUGUCAGGUUGCUAAUUCACAACUCACACUUGUAGAGUUUAUGAAUCAUUUUGAUGGGGCAAUGGAUGUUCAAAGGUUCAAUCAUAGGAAAAAUGAUCAUAUUUCAAGAUAUACUGAGCCAGCUGAUUGGAGUCAAACUACAUUGGAAAAAGAUGCUGCUAAGAUCUACACCAGGUCUAUAUUUUUUGAUCAGCAAUUAGAGAUACAUGGAACAAUUUCCGAAUGUUUGCCGAUGGACACCAAAGUUGAAGGUCCACGUAUCAGAAUAUUGUUGAAGGAUUUUAAAGCACAUGGAGAUGGUUUAUUGGAGGUGUGGUUCAAGAAUCUCGAGAAUGAUGUAACUGCACAGUCUUAA